UUUUUUUCUGUGUCUACUGGCUCUACGAUUCUGACGUACACCGCCCGAGAUUUAAAAGUCUCAAUGCGAGUAGGCGAGCAAAAAAGGAGCGCUAAAAGUGCUUAAUAGCGCGAAAUGUUUUGGAAUCGUAAUCGUAUAUUUAGUUGUGCAGAGCUAUUCGAACUUGGAAAUACCGUUAUGUCGUUUCUCGAAUUGUUGAACCGCAGUGUGCGACGCUUUUUUUUUUCACGGCGAUGAGAAAGCGGUUUCAAUCGCGAAUCGGUAUCAAAAACACAUCGUGGUACCUUAUUCUGAUUCGGAGUGAAUCAUAAAAACGCGGCUAUGAGAGCGAUUAGUCGUGCAGAAAGGUAAAGUCAAUUAGUGACUCGAUAACCAUCGGUUUUAAUCACUUUGCGUGCUGAAUAAUGAAGCAUUUGGUGGCGCUGUGUUUGAAAAUUUUGAUCUCUUUGGAAUUGGCGAACUGUUUAAAAAUCGAUCCUCGGCUUGAACGGAUAGAUCGGUUUCUCGAGCAAGUCUACAAAAUGCGGAGUCUUCGAGGUCUGGAGUCUCCUCUGCAAGAAAAUGUAAACCCCUUCAAUGAUGGUGAUGUCGCUAAAAUGAAUGAAAUCGAUUCGUCUAAAUACGACAAUGAAUGGACGCAGAAUUUGGAGUCUAAUUAUGGCGUUGAAAGCAAGUACGAAGAAUUGGAACUAGAAAUCGAUAGUGAAGAAAAAUCCAACAAAGCGACUGAAAAGAUUCGCAAGCAGCCAUUGAAAUUCAAACCUAAAUCCAAAUUGAAAGACGACGACGACGAAGAGGAGAGCGACGACAACGACGAGAAGCAGCCCGAGAUGGUACCGAUUCCUCAUCCGAUUCCCGUAGUAGUACCGAAACUCAUCCCUAUGCCGAUAAUCAUUCAGCAUACAUUUCCCUUUCCUAUGUUUCCGUUUCCGAUAUCUCUGCCUAACAUUCAAAUGGAUGGUUUAAUGAAUACAAAUACCAACGAUCAGCAUACCGGAAACGCACAUGAAACGCGCAGGUUUAUGCCGAAUGCUCAUCAUAGACAACCAUAUGUAGGCUUUUAAGACAUAAAUUUAUUUGUGGAUUAUAUUGACAUAAUUAUGCUAGUUUUACGAUUAACGUAAUAUAGUCUCAAUAAAAAUAACUGAAAUCA